AACAACAACAACAACAAAAACAACAUCUCUCUCUUUCUCCAGCAAGCAGUUCUUCCACCAAGCUGCGUUUUGCACAGAUCCGAUCCAGGUGGUUUGAUUUUCUCCUGUGGUGUCUGUGUGGAGCGUGCCACACACCCACUCCACAACAACGACGGCUUUUGCUUGCAUCUUCCAGUGUUUCUUCUGUCAGCAAGUCCAGCAGAGCUGCAACUCUUCCAGUGCCAGCCCUGACACCAGCGAGGAGCCCUGCCCCACUGACAUGGUGAAGAUGACCAAGUCCAAGACCUUCCAGGCUUACCUGCCGACCUGCCACCGCACCUACAGCUGCAUCCACUGCCGGGCACAUCUGGCCAAUCACGACGAGCUCAUCUCAAAGUCAUUUCAAGGCAGCCAAGGAAGAGCCUACCUGUUCAAUUCAGUGGUGAACGUCGGCUGCGGCCCAGCUGAGGAGCGGGUACUCCUCACGGGUUUACACGCCGUGGCUGAUAUCUACUGUGAAAACUGUAAAACCACCCUGGGCUGGAAAUACGAGCAUGCGUUUGAGAGCAGUCAAAAGUACAAGGAGGGAAAGUUCAUCAUCGAGCUGGCUCACAUGAUCAAGGACAACGGAUGGGAGUGACGCUCCGGCCGCCCUUUCUA